AUGCAACAUAUGAGAUCUCUAGUUGGUUUUUUAAGUAUCAUUAUCAUUGGUUUAUUGUUUAUUGAUAAAAGUGAAUCAACUCCGUUGGAUGAUUAUGUUCAUGCAGAUGAUCCACAUUUUGGUUGGACUGUAAUUCGAACUUAUCAACAACCCGAUUAUAAUUUAUAUAUUUUAAAUUUUACAUCACAAAAAUGGUUCGAUGAAACAGUCACGGAUCAUCCAAUUUGGUGGCAUUAUUUAUGUAUUUCAGUUCCACUUAAAUUGACACGACCAAAUAGUGCUUAUAUGCUUAUUGAUGGUGGUCAUAAUAGUGAUUCAAUACCUAGACCAGAAGAAAAUUUACUUUCAUUAACAUCGAUGUUUGCUAUUAGUGCUGGAAGUUUAGGCGUUUAUUUAGCAGAUAUACCUAAUGAAUCAUUUCGUUUUAUAGCUGAUCCAUCAAAUAGAAGUCGUAGUGAAGAUGGUCUUAUUGCAUGGACAUGGAAAGCUUUUAUGGAAAAUCCAGAUAAUCCUAAUAUACUUCUUCGUAUGCCAAUGACUAAAGCAUCAGUUCGUGCUAUGGAUGCUGUACAACAAUUUGCAGAUAAAUUAGGUGUUCAUGUACCAAAAACAUUUGUUAUUGCUGGUGCUUCAAAACGUGGAUGGACAACUUGGACAACUGCAGCAGUUGAUAAUGAACGUGUUAUUGGAGCAGUACCAAUUGUUAUGGAUAUACUCAAUCUUCAAAAAAAUAUGCAUCAUCAUUAUCGUUCUUUAGCUGGUUGGACAUUUGCAUUUAAUGAUUAUUAUGAUUUAAAUAUUACUCAAGAUGUUGAUAAUCCAAAUUUAAAUAAGAUGGCAGCUAUUAUCGAUCCAUAUAGUUAUUUUGAUCGAUAUCGAAACAUGAAAAUAUUACAAAUACAAACAGGUGGUGAUGAAUUUUUUCUACCAGAUAAUGAAGUACAAUGA